AUGAGAGUUGAUCUUAAAACAGCUUUUAACAUUAAUGCUUCCUUUGGUAAGGCUAAGAGAGCCAAAAGAAUGAUUUUGGAAGAUUUGGAAGGUAGUUUCAUUGAUGAUUAUAAAAAGCUUGUUGGAUGUGCAAAUGCCUUGAAGGAGAGUAAUCGGCCUGGAAGUGAUAUCAUUCUCAAGGUUUCAAAAGCUGCACUUGCUGAAGGCAAAAGAAGAUUUUUGAGAAUGUACAUUUGUUUUGAUGCUCUGAAGAAGGGGUUUAGGGCAGGACUAAGACCCUUUAUUGGCUUGGAUGGGACCUUUUUGAAAGGUAAAGCCAAAGGUCAAAUAUUAACUGUUGUUGCUCAAGACUCAAUGAAUCACUUUUAUUACAUUGCUUGGGCUGUUGUGGACAAAGAAACAAAAGCUACUUGGCUUUGGCUCUUGGCAUUGCUUGGGAAGUCUUUAAACCUCAACAAUGGAGAAGGGAUCACAUUAAUCUCAGACAUGCAAAAGUGCACUGUUUCGGCUGAACAGUGCACUGUUUCAGGACUAAUUGGAGCAGUCCAACAAGCUCUACCUGCUGCUUUGCAUAGGACUUUCUUUGACACAGUUUGCAAGAAUCAGAAGGUGGAUAACAACUUGGUUGAAUCAUUCAACUCCUGGAUAUUAGUGCCUAGACACAAAGCUAUCAUUGGGAUGCUUGAAGAAAUAAGAGCAAAGGUGAUGGAAAUGGUGAGCAACAAUGAAGAAGAGGUGUUGACUUGGGCUACUGAAUGGAGUCCAGAAUCUAUAGAUAUGUAUAAUGAAUUUCAAGAAAUUGCUAAUAGGUGUACGUUACAUUUCAAUGGUUAUUAUCGGUAUGAGGUAAGUGAAGGGAAUGACAAGCACAUCGUCAAUUUGUCUACUAAGAAGUGCAUUUGCAGGGUGUGGGACCUCACUGGAAUCCCAUGUCCCCAUGCAAUCAAGGCAUUGCAUUACAAGAAGCUUGAUCCCUUGAAGGAGAUCCACUGGUUGUACUCAAAAUAA